GAAUCCACAGUCUCAAGGUCCAGAGUUCCGAUGGCGACUGUUGAAGCGGUUGAUCGGCGCGUUGGCGUACACCACUGCCACUAGCAUAACCUUGCAAUUUUAGUGCAAAUAAUUCAUUUGUGACCAAGGGGGGGUCUGUCUCCAAUCAGCAUCCAAGUGUCUUUGGAAGGAAAGUUUUUGCCACUGCAUUACAUGCUGGAGUUGUCGUGUGAGGAUGCACUCAAAACAACCUAAGUAUGGCCAAAGGCAGCUCCAUUGUGACAGAGACAGAAAAUGGAGGGAUGAUUACAAUGAUAGACAGGAAGAUAGGCAUGAAUACUGUCGGGAUGUACAGUGGGAUUCCUAUCACAGUCAUUUUCGAACUGGACCUGGUAGAACAGAAAGAAGCAACAGAAGUACAGACUACAGAGACCCCCCUCAAAAGCUGUACUCUAAAGACUCCCUGGUCAGAGAUGGAGAUAGGGGAAGUCCAGCGAGGGGACGCUUGUCUUCCCCGGACAGAAGGGUUGCCGAAAAGAAAAGGCGAUGGUUCACAGGUGACAGUCGUGAUGACUCCAGCUAUAGGUGUGAGCCUGAUGGCAAAAAAUAUAGGCAGUUUCCAGAUAGUUUUUCAAAGGACUUUAAACAUCAGUUGACUCAGGAAGUCGAUUUUAAAUACAGACCGAGUAUGCAAGAUUCCCAAAGCCAACACAGACGUGAAGUGUCGACUUCAAGGUACCACCAAGCCUAUAACUCCAGUCACAGGCAACCUUCUACAUAUAACAAAGAAAGGGACGAUCACGAAAGAAACCACAGUUACUCACUUGAAAGGGAACUUUCCAGAGAAGACUCAAAAAAGAGACAUAUCCGAUCCAGAGAAAGGAAGAAUAGCUCUCCUGCAGAUCCAAUAGAUCAUCGUCAAAAUCAACCAAGGGAUUUGGAUGAAUCUAAAAGACAGGCCGCACACGCCAUACAUGAAGGAGGCCUUGGUUGAAGAAUGGAUCCGGUAGAGUGGGAAAAUGCUUCUCUCAGGCAACAGAGGAACCUGAACUUAGUUCAACAAAGAGACAUUCAUGAUAUGGAAGUGAACGUACCUCAUUGCUAUUGCAGUGAUGGGGAGCCUCUGGAAGAUGACGGUCCGGAGCUGACCAGAAAACUUAAUCUGCUUCGGGAUAUUGAGGAGCGAAUAUUACACAAGAAAGCCGCAAUUCUUAUAAAGACAUUUGAAAUGAUCAAAAAGAAACCACUAGACUCUAAAGCUAAAACUCUCAAAGACAGGGUGUCUACAAUUUUGCAACAGCGACAUUGUCUCAACUCUCCAGCAAAGUGCAAGAUGUAUGUGUCGCCUGAGCGUGAUGACUCUCCAAGCCAUAGCAGAGAGCGGCAGGAAGACCAUCCCCUGAAGCGCAGAGUCGAAGCUUUGAUGAGGCAUAGAUUCUGUGACCACAGUGGAUCCACAACAAAAAAUCCAGCUUCCGCUCGUGAAAUAGCUACGCCGCCUGUUACCCCACCUCCCCGCAGUCAAAGUGUUACUUCACAAAUCCAGAAAGAUAAUGUCGCCAACAAAGGCUUUGAGCGCUUUCUUAGCUUGCUCAACAAGGGAGUUGACAUGGACAUGCUCAGUAGGAUCGUCAAUGAUGACAGCGAACAUCUUCAGUUAGGAGACCAGCCCUUUAACAGCCAGCACUCCAGUGUGAAGGAUGAUUUGCAUCGGCCUACUAGCAGCGAGAGCCUUCAGUGCAACAGUGGAGCCCAGUUACUUGAGAAUGGUGGGGAGAGGGCAGAGCUUCCUACUAGCAACACAAGCCUUCAAUGCAACAGUGGAGUCCAAUUACUUCACAAUGGUGGGGACGGGGCAGAGCUUUCCACUAGCAAACAUUACCGCAAGGAGAGACUCUCACUGUCAAAUGACAACAACAUGGGCAAAGACAAACGAGACAAACACGCUUCAGGCUCCAAUAGUGUCUCCAAGUCUCCCCCGACAGUGGAGCAAUCUGAGAAAGAAGAAAGAGAAAUGGUGGUGGUAGAUGAGCGGCAUGAACAGCUCCAGAACAUUCUAAACACUUUGGGCUUGAGCCUAGAAAUGGAAGACUUGAGUAAACUAACACAUCGGACUCAAGAGAGGCUGUAUGGGAAAAGGAAUGAAAGUAAGUCUGUGACUCCCAGCACAACAGAGCAGCCAGUGAGUCCAGUAAUGAGUGGAUCCUGCAAAUGUGACAGGAAAUCAUCUUCCUCCUCCUCCUCCUCCUCAUUGUCACCUUCCAGAAGCUGCCGUCGCAGUCCCUCUCACAGGCAGCUCUCCCACAACAGGCUGUCUCGGGAUCGUCACGAGAAAGAUUCAUUGUUAGCAUGCGGUGACUCAAGAAAGAAGACAGAAAAUUCAUUUCAUUUCUAUAAAAGCCAAGAUGACGUGCAAGAACAGAAAACUGUUGGCAUAAACAAUGAUGCCAACAUCUCGUAUGAGAGCCCUUAUGUUCACUCACAUUGUGAUCCCGAUUCUUCGUUCCAUUGCCCAGAUUACGAUUUACCUAAUUUCACUCAUUACUAUUCCUCAUGCAGUGGUGACACCAAUCAAUAUUGGACCAGUACUACGGGAGCCAGUUUCCCUCCACACUAUUCCGGUAGUUAUCCUUACUCAACGGACACCCACGGCUCCCACUGCGCUAUCCCCUCAGUGCAACAUAACUGCCACUCCUUUCGAGAUGUUUCUUUUGUAAAUCCCGACCUGUCUACAAGUGAAGGUCAAUUUGGCUCAGUCACUGCUCCAAGGAAUCUGCAUGUUGUCAAAAUGAAGCAGCCACGUCGUCGUCGGUUGCCACGGAAGAAGCGGUUUGAGCAAGGGAAAGCCAAAAGGCUAAAACUGAUGGAGGAACAGAGUCGAAAUGUGCAGACGUUGAGGGCUCAAAGUGAAAUUCCCUUUGAAGUUAAAGAGACAAAAGCCUCAGGAAAGCUGGCCUUAAAGCCUACCCAAGAUCAUGAAAAACACUCAAGAAAACAACAAACACAAACAGAUGAGGAAAUUAAGGCAAACUUAAGAAAAAUGCUGGAAACAUUCAACCAGAUGUCGAAGAACAAGUCUCGUGCGCCGCCAAAUCCCUAUCCUGACACACAGUUGCUGUGUGUUUUGCUGCUGAGACAGGUAUUUAAAAAAUGUUUGUUAUAGAGGUUUCUGGAAAUUGAUCAAGUCGAGUACACCUAAAUCUUGAUUUUACGCAGACUUUGGGGUUGCACAAUUUGGGAAUUGUGUUAACCCCGAAAGUGUGUUAUAUAGAAAGUAGUGGCACUAAUUGAAAGUCUUGUUUUCUUUAGAAAGGCAGGUUUUUAAGGCAGUCGAAGGGAUCCUUUGUCACGUUAAUUUACGCCAGGCAUGUUGUUGGGCAGCUAAGGGGUUCAUUCGCCAUUCGUCAUCGUGAAGACUCCCCCCUACAUUGAAGUCAUUGACAUUUAUAUUAAAAGACAAGCAAUACGCAGAUGACAAUGUCAGGCGGACUGAUUAAGUCAUUUUGAUGCUAUGC